AUGGAUCUCUCUCAGGAGCUCAGUGAAUUCAAACGUGGUACCAUAAUAGGUUGCCACCUGUGCAAUAGGUCCACGCGUGAAAUUUCCUUGCUACUAAAUAUUCCACGGUCAACUGUUAGUGGUAUUAUAACAAAGUGGAUGCAACUGGGAACAACAGAAACUCAGCCACGAAAUGGUACACCACGUGUGCACAAGUCGCCAACUGCCUGCAGAGUCAAUAGCUAAAGACCUCAAAACUUCAUGUGGUCUUCAGAUUAUCACAACAACAAGAACUGCUUUGCACAAUUUCAUGCUCCCAACUUUGUGGGAACAGUUUGGGGCUGGCCCCUUC